UAUUUCUGAUUCCCUCACUUCUCUAGGCAACGCCAUGUUAUCCAAUAUGGAAUUUAAUCGUCUCUUCUCUCGGAGACCCAUGUACGCAGCAAGCCAUAGAUCCCUAUAUUGGCUUUCGAGAUGAGGAAUUCCAUAAUUUGUUCUAUGUAUGUAAGCAUUUUACUGAGGAAAAAAGGAGUAGAGUAAACAAUAACGAUCGGUAGGGGCGGAUCUGUGUAAGGCAGCCAUCGCGCAGGCCAGCAGGACGGCAGGACGGCAGGACGGGGCAGGGUGACGAACCUCCUCCUCGCCGCUGCCAGACGAAAGAGGAAGUGUGACGUCACCCCCGAGGCUUUUUUUCAGAAAGCCCAAUAUGUCUUACCGAGAGCUGGUGCUUUUCUAGUGCUUGGCUUUUUAGGAGGAGUUUUACAUAUGGAGGCGUUUUUUCGGAGACAAGAAACACGUCGACGUUUCAACACGAGAUCAGGAGCGACACAGAGCCCAGCACACCGCCAAGACGCAACGAUGACGGACCCACCAUGUACAUGGUUAUGCCUUUAACUAGCGUCCUCCAUGAGCUCGCUCCGAUGAAUCACUCUAUCUUCAGAAUGGAAGGGUUACACAUUCCCUAUCCAGGCAAAUAUCAUAGGAUCAAUCACCCUGUGGUCACUGGGGCACAGGCCCUCAUCCAGACAGCUCCAGUGUACUAUGGUAACCCCCACCAGUCUAUAAGAACACCAGCACCAGCUCCUGUUCAGCCUGCUGUUGCUGCCCCUACAUACCAACCCAUAACAGAAGACGAAAACAAUAUUGUUAAUACUAUUGAAGAAAAGCCCUACAACUGUGACCAGUGCGGCAAACAGUUCGCACAGAAAAGUCAUCUCACAAGUCACAUGCAGUGGCAUAACCGUGAGAAAAAAUUUGAGUGUGAAGUUUGCAACAAACGCUUCUCAAUGGAGAGUCACUUGAAUGGACACAUGCUGGAACACAGCAGGGAGAAAAGUUUGCAUGCCACAUGUGUGGUAAAAGGUUUGCAAUGGAGAAUUACCUGAACAGUCAUAUGCUGGUUCACAUGACAGAAAAGAAGUUUGAGUGCAGAAUAUGUGACAAAAGAUUUACCAUGGAGAAUCACCUUAAUAGUCACAUGCUUGUCCACAAUA